AUGUCACAAAAAGAGACUCUUGCCAAAGAUUCGUUGGUAAUAAAGCAGGCUAAACUAGUGUUUCUCGGUGAAUCUUCAGUGGGCAAAUCUAGCAUAAUACUCAGGUUUGCCAGUAAUAUAUUUCAAGAAAAUAAAGAACCAACUGUUGGUGCUGCAUUCAUGACACAAAAAUGCCGUCUUGAAGACAAAAUAAUUAAGUUUGAAAUCUGGGAUACAGCUGGUCAAGAAAGGUUUCAUUCUUUAGCUCAAAUGUAUUAUCGAAAUGCACAUGUAGCUGUUGUUGUCUAUGAUGUAACAAAUAUGGAUUCGUUUAAUAGAGCUAAAUCUUGGAUAAAAGAACUUAAUAAUCAGGCGAAUUCUAAUAUUAUUAUUGCUCUUUUGGGCAAUAAAAUUGAUCUUUCCAGACGACAAGUCUCAACUGAAAUAGCUAAAAACUAUGCUCUUGAAUUUGGAUUGCUAUUUUAUGAAAUUAGUGCGAGGAAAGACCAUGGUAUUCGAGAAGUUUUCACGAAAAUUGGUACGAACACUUUAUUUGAAAAUUUAAUAUUAAAAAGAGAGAAAAUAAUUAUUUUUUUUUAA